AAACCCCGGAAGCCAUCGUCUCUCCGCUGCAUGGAAAGUGUAUAAUUAGAUCGGUGUGCAGCUUGACCCCAGUGAUUUUUCUGACGCACUUGGCCUUCGUGUGUGCCCUUUCUGAGACCUCCUGUGUCUUCUCCACAGCUGGAGAUGCCCCAAACUGCACGCAGCACUUCCUGUGGGUGUGGCCUUGGAUUCUUAGGCACUCCUCGGUACUGGCAGCCUUUCUUAAGUGGGUCACAUGUUUCAGCUACUCAUAGAGUCACAAAGCUCUUUGAAAUGAACCAUGAGUGACUCUAUCAAUUGUAGUUUGAGUUCUCCAGUCCCUCCUAUUUCUUUUUUAAAAAAUGAUUCUCUGAUGGAGUCUUCUCAAAGACAUACUAUAAUUGGGCAGCCUGGGGCAUGUGGGAAAGCCUGCCGAUGGCGUCAGUAGCUAUUCUCAGGAGAGGAAAGGCAGGGUAUCCCCCCUGGGAGAUGACAGCACUUGUUUCAAGUUGGGGAAGAGCCUGUGGUUCUCUUCCUGCGUUUGGAGGGGAAAGCGAACACACAAUGUUCAUUUCCUAAACACGGGGUGUGCUUUGCUAGCGGUUCAUUUUCCAACAUGUCAUUUCCUGGUUGAAGGCACCAGGGGUCAGGGCAGGAAAUGGCAGCUUCUCAGAAUGAAACAAGGCUUUCCCAGAGCGGUCAUUGGUUCCCAGGGACUAUAAAGCACGCUCAUCCAGAAACGGCCUCCUACUCUUCUUCCUGGAGUCCAGAGUGAAGGGGCAUGGAGAGGCUGGCGGCCUGGGAGCCGCAGGGCGUGGAUGCGCUGCGUCGCUUCCAAGGGCUGCUGCUGGACCGCCGCGGCCGGCUGCACGGCCAAGUGCUGCGCCUGCGCGAGGUGGCCCGGAGGCUCGAGCGUCUCCGCAGGCGCUCCCUGGCGGCCAACGUGGCUGGCAGCUCUCUGAGCGCCGCGGGCGCGGUGGCGGCCAUCGUGGGGCUGUCACUCAGCCCUGUCACCCUGGGGGCCUCGCUCGUGGCGUCGGCCGUGGGCCUAGGGGUGGCCACCGCCGGAGGGGCAGUCACCAUCACGUCGGACCUCUCUCUGAUCUUCUGCAAUUCCCGGGAGGUGCGGAGGGUGCAGGAGAUCGCCGCCACCUGCCAGGACCAGAUGCGCGAGCUCCUGAGCUGCCUGGAGUUCUUCUGUCAGUGGCAGGGCCGCGGGGACCGCCAGCUGCUGCAGAGCGGGAGGGACGCCUCCAUGGCCCUUUACAACUCUGUGUACUUCAUCGUCUUCUUCGGCUCACGCGGCUUCCUCAUCCCCAGGCGUGCCGAGGGGGCCACCAAAGUCAGCCAGGCCGUGCUGAAGGCCAAGAUUCAGAAACUGUCCGAGAGCCUGGAGUCCUGCACCGGUGCUCUGGAUGAACUUAGUGAGCAGCUGGAGUCCCGGGUCCAGUUCUGCACCAAGGCCGGCCAUGGUCGCGGCCUCAGCAUCUCAGCUGAUCAGGAUGCAGCGUUGUUUUUCUAAGAACAUCCCUUACACUCGUGGGAUGCUCUAGAUCUCUAGCAUCCACGGGGAAGUGCCACACAGGUGGAGGGGUAAAAGACAGAAAACUGUUCUGUAGGUGUGGGUCCUCCACUCCUUGUGAGUCGAGGACUUUUUCACUUGUGUAAUCCCAAUGGAGUAUGUGACCCUAAUCACUCACUUGGGGAGGGGGGCAAAAAUCUUUUUAAACAGCACACAGCUGGGCUGCACUCCCUUAUUGCGGGGUGGACUUUGAUGGUUUGAGUGGAGGUCUGGAGAGGUGUCCCUCUCUGGGACCUCUUUAAGUUCUUACUAGAAUUCUGGGACUCUCAAAAGGUUGGUCAGAGGAGACGUCUGUUUUGCAACUCUGCUUCUGCAGUUUCUGAUACGCAGAACUCCAGAAUCCAGAGCAAGACCCGCCCUUGCCUUCGUAGGGUUGUAGCCGCAGACUAGACCUCGGAGCUGACUCGCCCUUCUCUUCCCGCCCCUGUUAAUUUAGAAUGAGGGCCAUCAUACCAAUGCUCCACAGCGUUAGAAAAGGAUGGCAAGCAGUAUUCAUUUAUAGCCAGGUGUGGUGGUAUAUACCUGUCAGGUUAGCACUUGGAGAUGGAGACAGGGGGACCAGGAGUUCAGGGUCAUCCUUGGCUAGGCCACCCAGGAUUAUAAAACCCUGGUGGCAAACUGGACUCCCUUCAAUAAACUUGUUCAACGCCUCUCCAGUGCCUUUGUAAUCCUCAGAAUCACUCACAGAAAGCCUAGAACAGACUGACCCAGAAGCCAAAGAAAGACUAUGCUGUGUGCAUGUAAAGCCAGUUCCUCGGUCAUUGACAUAGGGGGUGGAACACUGCAGCCCUUUAGAGGGCGCUGUUGCCCAGUCCUUGUAGAAACUGGUACAGAAACGAAUGUGAAUUUACCGAGAAAAGCCAUCUUUCUCUGUUCUCUGAAAACUCCAGGCGACAUAACUUUAUUUAUUUAAAAUGUGUUAUUUAAUUACUGCCUAUUAUUUACAUUUAAUUUUAUUUAACCACCACAUUUAGAAAAUAAUAAGAAUAGUAAGUGUCUGAAUGGGAAUCUCUUACUGCUCUUUCAAGAGGUUAAGUUUGAAUUUCUAAAGAGUCAUUUUUUUCCCUCAGAGGGGACUCCUUCCUCUAGUGUUUUACACGAUCCUUGUGAGUAAAAUGGCAUGGGUGGUGGGCUAAUUAGAGAGGCUAAGCUGAUUUUUAAACUAGGAAAUGGAGUCUUGAAUUGUGGAACAUAUGAAUGAUUACUCCCAUGUGUCCUGAAGGUACUUUGCCAGAACAGAACACUGGACUUGAAUAGAAAACCUGUAACUUAAUUUGGGGAGAGGAGGGUAAAUAGAGACGUGUGAAGGAAGCAUUUGGACCUUGGAAACCUGAUGUCUUAUAAGAUUGUGUUAUGGUAGAGAUACUUUGCUUUUUUACUUUGGGGGUUGUAAGAAUCUGUUAGCUAUGUUUAAGAAAGUACUUCUAAUUUAUUCAAUGUCUUCCUAAAUUAUCCUAAAAAUAAGCUGGAAAGUCUUUGGGACCAUACCCAAAAACCCUUGGCUGUAUUGUUAAGUUAUUUAAUGUUAAUAUUUGUAUAACCCCUAUGCUUCCCAAUGAUGGCCAUGUGUCCAAGAAAAUGUAAUUUUGGCAUGAGGGGGAGGGGUAGCUGUUCUAUAUUUGUUUUCUUCUCCCAUAAAUUGUAAUUGGGCCAUAUCCUGGUUUAAUUUGUCAUUGAUUUUGGGGGGGGCAAUACUGUGUCUCUCUAUGUAGCUCUGGCUGUCCUGGAACUCAUUAUGUAGACUAGGCUAGCCUCGAACUCACAGAGGUGUGUCUGUCCCUGCUUCCUGAGUGCUAGGAUUAAAGGAGUGUGCCACCAUGCCAACCUUUUUUUUUUUAAACUGGUGUCAUUUCUAGACUGCCUUGUGUGGAUGCUGGAGUACAUUUUACACCAUCCUUAUUCAGCUAAAGCCAUUUCCUUGUGUCAUCAUGCAUCAUAGUCCUGGAUCAUAGUCCCCCAAUACCAAGCUGUUCCCUUUAAACCAAGAUGGGAGUAUCUUGAGUAUAGCAAAACACUAAAGUCCUGAAGUUUCCAUCAGCAUCUGCUGUAUGCGAGUGUGGAAGGCUGUCUACUUUCUAUCGAUAGCUGGAUAUAGCAGUAACUCUGCACCCAUCCGGGGCAUGGUGAAAGAGGACUGAGAGAUCAGGGUACCUGAGCUACAAAAUGAGGCCUAAUUUAAAAAACAAAACAACAGCAACAGCCUGAAAAUGCGUUUGAAUAGUUCAUGGUUUGGCUGUAUUAUUAGAGACAGCCUGAUACAGAAGGAUCAUUCACUUUCUUAUGUGUGUGCAUGUGGUGAAGAUUGGAGGCUUCAUGAGGAGUUAAAGUUCGUUCAUUAAAAUUGAUCCUAGA